AUGGUCAGCUUUGGACCAGCGUACGAGCCGCUGGUCGUGACCGAGAAUGACCUGAUUGUGGCGACCAUGUUUUACGCAUGGACGCUAGGUUUCGGUUACUUCGUCGGUCUUCACUGCGUUCGCGAGUUCAGACGAUCAAAGCGGUGGAUCUCACCGUAUCUGGCUCUGAUUUGGGCGGAAUUUUUUGCGUGCAUCAUAUACGGGACGAUAUGCUGGCUGUACCUCCACGGUAUCAUACCACCCGGCUUUGGGAUUUUCUUCGCGACGACGACCAUCUGGGCCGUGCAGAUUCAAUGCGUCCUCCAGAUCAUAUGUAACCGCGUCGGAGUGCUUCUACCAGACGACAGAUCACGCCUCACGCUGAAGCUCUCUGUCGCCUUCCUCGUCCUUCUCAUCAACAUCUCCGUCUACUGCAUCUGGAUCCCCUCGAAGAUGGGCGUCGAUGAGAAGUUCAAGCAGAUCAAUGUAGUGUGGGAUCGGGUCGAGAAAGUCAUUUACUUGUUCAUCGACAUGGCGCUCAACGCGUACUUUAUCAUCUCCGUGAAACGGCGCCUUGUCGCCUACGGCUUGCGGAAGUACGACGCACUGGUGCGGUACAAUACCUGGAUAGCCACCGUGUCUGUUUCGAUGGAUGUGUUUAUCAUUUGCAUGAUGUCCCUCAAGAACGACUUUGUGUACAACCAGGUCCACCCCGUCGCCUACAUGGUCAAGCUCAACAUCGAGAUCUCCAUGUCCGACCUCAUCCGCCGGGUCGCAACGUCCACAGGCAUCCACGUCGACUUCGAGAACGUCAGCAGCAGCGUCACUGGCACAAGUGGGCAGCGCGGCACGCGGUCUAUGGGCGUUAGUGACGUGCAUUUCUCUACGAACCCGGUAGAGGUGCAGAUCGACACGGAGGUCGCGACGGACACGAUCCACCUCGACAACUUCAAGAAACGUGAUCUAUCGUCCAGUAGAGGUCCGUGCAAUUCUGGCUUUGCUUGUCCCAUUGUAGUCUUGCAUGCUGACCGGAUUACCUUGCAGACCACGACCACGAAAGCGAGAACGGCGAGGAUGGCGUGA